ACCAACUGCAUCUUACAUCUACGAUGAAUUGUCUAUAUGGUACAAUAUAGUAAAUAAUAGUACCGCAGAAAAUAAAAAUGAAUCAAUAUUAAAAGCAUUUCAAGUUGCUGAUGAAAUUAUUCCAACAUUAUCAACAGAAUUGCCA